AUGAUCAGGAUGCCAUUUGUGGACCCCUGCACAAAUCAAACCUGCUCUCAUACUUUUUGUCGACCAUGUAUUAUUCAGUCACUUGCACAUUCCCCGCAAUGUCCUAUCGACAGGUCUUUUCUUCGAGUUGAAGAUAUACAUUCAGCAGAUCCAAUUAUCCGUUCCCUCGUUGAUGAAUUGGUGGUCAAGUGUUCCAAUGAGCCUGCUGGUUGCUCGUACACUUGCCAACGGCAGCUUCUGGAGUCUCAUAUCAAGAAUGAUUGCUUAUAUGCUUUGGUGUCAUGCCCAGCUGAUGGAUGUGCUGAGGAAGUGCUGAGGAAAGCUCAAGUUGGACAUUUUUGCUCUCACACAUCUGUGAUAUGCGAGGAUUGCGAAACGUCUGUCCGAUACAAUGAACUAGAGAUGCAUCGUUCUACUUGUCUCAAGAGAUUCUACCGAUGCGAAGAUUGUGAAACUGAACAAGCUUGCUCAUCGCGGGCAGCGCAUGCUUCUUGCUGCCAUGCUGCCCAGGUGAGAUGCCCACAAGAGCAUCAUGGAUGUCCCUGGGAAGGUAGAAGGAAAGAUGUUUCAUCUCAUACGACAACAUGUUCCUACGAAGCAAUCAAGGGUUUCUUCGCCAUUCAAGAUGCUCAGAAGGCUACACUGGUCAAUGAGAACACUUUACUCAAACAAAAAGUUGAAACAUUAGAGAGUCAGUUGCGAGUGGCUCAAUAUGAACUUCGCUGUGUGCAAAGUGCCUUGGGACCUUGGUCUCGAAUACCCACUUCUCGUUCUGUGUCCGCCCUUCCUCCUUCCAGCCAGUUGCCAACGUCAUUGCCGCACAACCACACUUCGCCUUCACUUUCGUACAUGCCACCGGGCGAUCAAGCUUCCAUAACACAGUACUUUCCAGAUAUCUCGUUCGAUGAUUUACAGGCGCGUUCCAUUUCUUCUGCAGAAGAUCAGCGGGUACCCGAAAGACCUAACUUCCUCCCUUUAACUCAAUCAAUGUCCUCCCGUGUAUCCUUUGGUGGAGCCACAAAUCAAAAUUGGCAAAGUACAGGUUCUCUCCCCAUAGGAAGCGGAUCACGUCCAUCCCAGAAUGUCGUUGCUCCGCUGAACUUAAAUACUACACUUGAGGGUAGCUUGGAGGGCCUACGAGAGUCCAUUGUCACUCUGUCCACUUCUCUGGAUUCACUUGGGCGGAGGAAUGACAUUGCAUUAACCAACGAGACUCUAAGGCUUAAUGAAGAGGUCACAUCGUUAAGAGUCGCAUUGCACGGACUCCGGAUGCAGGCUCGUACUCUCGAUCAAUUUUCCAUCUUCUUUCAUUGA